CGACACUUUCUGCGAAAAAUUUACAAUACAACUCAGAUCAGAACGACCGGGCUGUUUCUCGGCGACAUCAAAUUAAGGUGGUUUCCGGUGCCAUGGAGUCUUGUGCAGCAGCCCAUCAAACAGGGUCAUGGACCAACGAGAAGCACGUACACUUCUUGAACUCCAUGGAGGCCUCGUUCGUGCGUGCAAUGUUUGAAAACAACACCGGGAUUCACCGUCUGGACCGUUACUUACCGGACAGCUCGGAGUCAACCCUAGACUUGAAGGCACGGAGAAGAGAAAAGCAUGCCUCCCCCGCAGGAAGCGGUAGAGGCAGAAUGGACGGUAGGGCUGACAAGAGAGCAAGGAGGAGAGUAUCAUCUCACCCGUGGAAUCCUCCAUCACAAGAUCAGGUGGUUCCACAGGUUGAAAGUAAAACAGGCAGUGAUCAUAAAGAUUAGAGUCGAUCGAGAGAGAGACCCCUCUAACGUACCAGCUUGGCACCCUGUCAGCUGAGAAAGAUUCUUUCAAUAUCAAAUUUUCUUUUUAAUUUGAAAUUCUGGUUUUUAAUUUUGUAACAAUAUGGAUGUGGUGAUUUGUGGGAGAUGGGCCAGAUGGCCAUUGGCCGUGUUGAAUUUGGAUGUGCUCCAUUUGAAAGGGAGAGGAUUCUAAUUAUUUAAUGUAAAAGUGAGUGAGGGUGUAGUUAUCUUUAUAUAAGAAAACAAGUAUUCUCUCACCAUUUCAGGGGAUCCUUGUCCAGCUGUGUUGGUGUAGUUUUGGAAAAGAUUGUUCUGGAUGACCAAAUUGGCCUUUGUAUUUUUACGAGUAUUUUAGUAGAGAGGUUUGAUAGGUGUUAUACUAAUUUUGUAUGCUUCUAGUUCUAAACCAAUGAAGAAUACAAAAAUAAUGUGACAAAUAUUGCUCUCA